GGCAAUUCGUAGCACAUACAUUUUGCGCGGGCCCAUCCACGCGACACUCGAUGAACGCGUACAAGGCCGUCGAGAAGAAGUGGAAGCGCACGAAGCUCGCUACGGCCGAGGACCUCUUCGGCGACGACGGGGAUCGCAUCCCAGAGGCCGCCGACCUCGUUGACGUCCAAGCGCUCACGCCUGCCCAGGCGACAUGGGUCGACGAGGUGGGCAGCUGCGCGAUCUCCGCUGGCGCUACUUGCCCGAUUUAUGCGCUUCGGAAGCCAGGCGCUGUCGCACACGACGAUAGCUAUGUACACGCAGGCUUCUUCAUCCUCCCAGGCGCACUGGAUGCAGCGACGCAACGCUUGCUCGCUGAGAAGUGCUUGACCGAGUACGCCGAGGCGCCGCACACGACCAACUUGCAUCCGCUCGGACAAAACGUGGAAGGGAUCUGGGCCAAGUCGACGUCGCGGCUACCCGGGCAGCCCGACCCGAUGGACAAGCUCCACUGGGCCGCCCUCGGGUAUCAUUACGACUGGACCAACCGCGCGUACCCUGGGACGCCUGGGUCCGAGGUCCCAGUACUGCUGCAGAGCAUUGGUGUCGCGUGCGCAAAGGCGGUGGGCCUCGAUAUUACAUCGGAGGCGGCACUCGUCAACUACUACAAGGCGUCGUCGACGAUGGGCGGUCACCAAGACAACGUUGAAGUCACGUUUGCGUACCCGGUCGUGUCCUUCUCGAUCGGGUCGAGCGCCAUCUUUCUCAAAGGCGGUUUGACAAAAGACGAGGCGCCGAUCGAGAUCUUACUUCGCAGUGGCGACGUUGUCGUCAUGGGCGGCGCUUCCCGCCUAUGCUUCCACGGUAUUGCUAAGACACUGCCGACGACGAAUCUCCCCGCGUUCCCUCUGGAGCUCCAGGAUUGCGGUGCGCUGUAUGGGUCCAUCGCCGCAUACGUACGCUCGAACCGCCUCAACAUCAACGUCCGGCAGGUCUUUGACCACGCUCAACCUGCCGUCGAGGAUCCGCCGCGGAAGCGCGUGAAAGCCGACGACUAAAGACACAUAGAACCAUGCAUUGCUACAACGAGG